CAUCCCCUCCCCCUCCCCCCUCUACCAAGUGGCGGCGGUAGGCAAGACAUGGGAGGAACAUGGCAGUGAAGGGCGACCAAGGAAUAGCUCCACUUGACGGGUCUGGGAUCAAGUUGCGACCACCGGGUCAAGCAACGAAGAUCUAGCAAAGAGUAAGCGUUGAGAAAACGAGCACCGACGAAUCUCAACAUGGUAAGCAACUUGGUUCUAAUGUCGUCGAGCGGAUCUGGUCGCGGCGAUAACUCCAAUAGUAGCGGUGAUGAGUGGGUACCAAGAAGUCAACGACCACGGCAACAGAAAAGGCGAGCAAAGAAGGAAACACCUAUAGAGGUUACUCCAAUUCCAAUUGUUACUCCACCUGCAGUUCCUGCUUCAUCUCCUCAAGAGCAUGUAAACACAAAGGAAAGAGAAGGUACCAAAGAAGAUUGUACAACUAUGGCGAUCAAUGAUCGCAAAGUUACUCCGGUUCCAAGUGUUACUCCAUAUGUAGCUGUUACUCCAUCUCCUCAACAGCAUGCUAACACAAAGGAAAGAAAAAGUACUAAAGGAGAUGGUACAGCUAUGGUGACUAAUGACUGCAAUGUUACUCUAGUUCCAACUAUUACUUCAUAUGUAUUCGUUACUCCAUAUCCUCAAGAUCAUGCCAACAGAAAGGAAAGAGAAAGUAUUAAAGAAGAUGCUACAACUUUUGUGAUUAACGAUCGCAAUGUUACUCCAACUCCAACUAUUACUCCAUAUCUAGCUGUUACUCCAUCUCCUCUAGAGCAUGCCAACACAAAGGAAAGAGAAAGUAAUAAAGAAGAUGCUACAACUGUGGUGAUCAAUGACCUCAAUGUUAAUGCUGUUCCAGCUGUUACUCCAUCUCUGGCUGUUACUCCAUCUCCAGCUGUUACUCCAUCUCUAGUUGUUACUCCAUCUCCAGCUGUUACCCCAUCUCCAGCUUUUACUCCAUUUCCUCAGGAGCAUGUCACCACAAAGGAAAGAGAAAGUACCAAAGAAAACGCUUCAACUGUGGUGAUCAAUGACCGCAAAGUUAACGUGUUAGACAGUGAGUCAGGAUCCUUGUAUGCUCUUUGUCGAUCUUGGCUACGCAAUGGUGUUCCACAUGAAAUUCAGCCAAGCUUUGUUGGAAACGUUGCACCACUUCUUCCAAGACCUUUGCCUGCUUCAGUUGUAGAUUCUAGGAUGUCAGAAAAGGACCAUGAUGUUGAAAAUCAAGUUUCAGAAGAAGAGCAGAGAUAUGCCCAAGAAAGGAACGCCCUGUGCACCAGAGACGCGAUGGACAGAGCAUUGACCAAUAAUGAUACUAGUGAAUAUACCGCGGCUGACUUGUUGAGGGAGCAUGUAACUCGUGCAAAAAAUAUACGUGCCAAAUUGCGCAAGGAGCGGCAAGUCCGGAUCGAGAGAUACAAGCAGCGCCUUGCACUUCUUUUGCCUCCUCCACCACCCCCACCUAGCGAGCCAUGAUGGACUUCCAUGUUGCCAUUGUGUUGUCAUGUUAAGUAACCGAAUCUGUAGAAGCGGAGACAAUUCCAGAUGUUGUACUGUUACUCUGUUUUAGAAUUCGUUCCAGCCGCCAAAUAAUCAACAUUAAACUUUGCAUCUUUGCUUGGAAUGUUUUUCUUCAGGAGAAUUUAGCAUUUUCUUUUUGGAACAUUUGCUCCAUGUAAAUGUGUGUCGUGAAUCUUUCUAGACCAACAAUUGAACUAUUUCUAGCAUGGUAUAAUUUCUGCUCUU